AUGUCUUCUAUAGAAUUCCGAAUUCUAAUAUUUGAUGGUAGGGAUACAUUAUUCUCGCAUGAUAAUUGGGUGGCGGAUAUUCCUUUGAGAAGUAAAUUCCCCCGUUUAUUUGACUUGGUUGUAUAUAAAGAGAGUACUGUGGAGGAGAUGGGAAGGUUAGGUUGGGAGGUUACGGUUCAUGAUACCUGGCGGUGGUUACUUGAUCUUGUACAUGGUUACUCGGCUAGUGGAGCAUAUCACUUUCUUACUACUCCAGUGGUGCCUGUCGAUAGGUACUUGGUUGAUGAUGUUUGGCACAAGUUAAUUCCAUCAAAGGUGUCAUUGUUCGUGUGGCGUCUUCUUCGUGAUCGAUUGCCUACUAAAGAUAAUUUGGCAAGACGUCGGGUUAUUCCAGCAGCUAACACGACAUGUUCGGCAAUUUGUGAUAAUUUGGAAACGGCUAGACAUCUGUUUUUGGAAUGUAAUGUUCUUAGUUCUAUUUGGCCUUCAGUGUUACAUUGGUUAGGCAGUUCAGCAGUUCUGCCUGGUGAGCUUCGACAUCACCUGAAUCAGUUUAUUCAUAUGGCUGGCUUACCUAGAUUUACACAUAUUCACCUAAAGAUAAUUUCGUUUGCUUCUGUUUGGGUGAUUUGGAAGGAGGGGAACAACCGCAUAUUUAACAAUGCAGCCUGUAAUCCUUCUUCUCUCCUAGAAAAAAUUAAGUUCAAUUCUUACCUUUGGUUGAAAUCAAAACAGACAGCUUUUAGUUACAGUUAUCAUGAUUGGUGGAAAAAAUCUCUUUUGUGUAUGGGCGUCCACUAG